CACUGUCAGUCGUAUUUGCAUAUAUGUUUUGUUUAUUACAAAUCUGAUAAGUUUUUUUUGUAAAUUAAGCCUUUUCUCUUAAUUAUGGAGAAGUAUGAUACUUCCCAGCUCACGGAGUUCCCUCGUUUCGAGUCUGAGUCGAGCCAAAGUGGGGUGACAACGUUUUUAAAUAAAUUGUGGAAGUUCCCGAUAUUUACACCUAGCGAAAGUGCAGAUGCUCAAGAUAAUAAAACUCCAAACGAAGAUAGACGUGAACCCGACGAUGGACGUGACGAUAAAGAAAAUGAUGAGGUUAAAACGGAAACCGGGAGUUAUGUUGUUGAAUAUGAGGGAAGGAGUUUACCUAACAUUUUGAAAAGAAUAAGUGGUCUUGCUGCCUUAGGAUCAGGGGGUGGAACAAAAUAUGAGGAUACUGAAUUAGCCAGGUACUGGAUGCCUGAUGACAUAUCACGAGAGUGCUACGAGUGUGCGGCACGAUUCAGCGCAUUGAGAAGACGACACCACUGCCGUGUGUGUGGCCAGAUUUUCUGUUCACGCUGUUGUAGUCAGCGAGUACCUGGUCAGAUAUUUGGUUGUGCGGGAGGUUUGCGUGUUUGUACAUAUUGCUGCAAAGUGGUUCUCACAUACUUGAGAGAGAAUGACAUGAGUGGGGACAUCUCACCUGACCUAAGGACCUUACAGGAGAGUUUGCAGGUCAAGUUUCCGGACAGUAAAGCACAACACAAAAGUCGUGACUUCAUUUUUGCGCGAGAACAAGAGCCGUGUGAAGUACGGAACUCCAUUAAGGAGCCGUUACACGAUAUAUUUAGACAACUUUACUAUGCUUUACCAACGCAGCAGCACAGAUUUCGUCUCGUGAGAUAUAACAAUGUUUGGCGAGGAUGCGACAUACUACAGUGGGUGAUUGAGAAUACUUCAAAUAAAACCAGGGCGCAGGCGGCGCAGCUGUGCCAGCGCCUGCUGGCGCGCGGCCUCGUGCAGCGCGUCACGGAGCCGCCGCACUUCGCGGACUACGCGCUCUACCGCCCCGCGCCGCCCGCCCAGCCCGCGCCCGCUCCCGAGCCCGCGGACGACCUCGCCGAAGAUUGCAACAGCAGAAUAGUUGAAAGCGUCUCUUCAUAUUGUCUUGAUUUAAACCUUGGUGAUAGCUCUGCUAGGCUGAUCAAAGCUACCAAAACGGAACAAAAAUCAACGCCAUCUAGCGACGAUGAACACCCUAUAUUGGAUCAAAACGAGACAACCGGCGGCGGUGCGCCGGCGAGCCGCGCCAUCGUGGAGUCGGGCGAGGAGCACCUCAAGCUGCUCAUGCGGCAGUGGCUCGCGCGCGACGGGCUGCCGGCCGCCUGGCUGCCCGCGCUCUACCCGCUGUGCGUGCAGGCCGCCGACCUCGCCGCGCCGGACCUAUUUGACAGCGACAUCGAUGUGCGCAACUACGUGCAGGUGAAGAAGGUCCCGGGCGGCUGUAUGACAGACAGCUGCGUCAUACCAGGCGUCGUCAUGACCAAAAAUGUCGCGCACAGGGGCAUGCCAAAGCAGAUUUCAAACCCGUCGGUCCUGCUUCUAGAUUGUUCCAUAGCGUAUCAAAGGGUAGAAGGAAAACUAACCUCUUUGGAACCACUUUUAAUGCAGGAGGCGGAGUACCUGUCGCGGUGCGCGGCGCGCAUCACGGCGCUGCGGCCGCACGUGGUGCUGGUGCGCGGCGGCGCGGCGCGCGCCGUGCAGGACGCGCUGCGGGCCGCGCGCGUGGCGCUGGCGCUGGCCGUGCGCGAGCGCGCGCUGGCGCGGGCGGCGCGGUGCACGCGCGCCGAGCGCCUGGCCUCCGUCGACGCGCGCAUCGGCACGCCGCGCCUGGGCACCUGCCGCAGCUUCUACGUCAAGAACUUUACGAGUAAAACUCUGAUGGUUCUCGAAGGCUGUGCUGAACCCCAACUAGGAUGUUGCAUCCUACUCCGAGGUGGAUCAUUACAAGAAUUGAUACGCCUCAAGAGAAUCGUCAAAUUUAUGCUCUUAGCCUGUUACAAUUGGAAACUAGAAAAGGCGUUUUUGGGUGAUAUAGAAGCUGUGUUACCCGAACCGGGUACUUUUGUAGACGAUGACGACGAACCAAAAAACAAAGUAGAUGAAGCUUUAAAAAAAGACGCGCAUACUAAAGAAGAAAACGCCGGUAAUAAGUCUAGUAACGAUAGUUCUGAAAAUGAUGACAUCUUCGGUAAUACUCAACCUGAAUCUCUAAAAGAUAAUGCAGAUGUUGAUAAAUCAGAAAUAGACGAUCCUCUGCAGAAAACGAAGUUCGCUCGUAAGACCGAUAGCGAUAAGAACUUAAGUUGCGGUGUCCCGAUAAAAGAUUUUAGUGAUCCUUUGCAGUCCAGGAUGUCAAUCGAUGACGAUGUUUUCCUGCCCAAGGAAGAAGCUAAAUUGAAAGCAGAUACACACAGCGAAAGGUGGUGCACGGACGACGUGGUGCUGAGCAUGUCGCCCAACAUCGUGAUCCCGGCGCCCGCCCUGCGCCUGCUGCCCCCCCGCGCCCCGCCCACGCCGCACAGCGCGCGCGCGCCCGCGCACCCGCCGCGCGCGCCCAGCCCCGACACACGGGAAAACCAUCCGUUCAUUGAUCGUCCUAUAACAUUGCCAGCCGACGACCCCACUAUGAGAGCAUCGCUCGCACACUUCCGCGCCACUGGCUGUCGGCUGAUGGCAGAUAAGCAUAAACCGGAAUGUCCCCGGUACAACCCGUCGGUGGUGAAGCGGAUAGAACCGGAAGAGUCCAGCAAGCAAACUGAACCAGAGCCCCUGGAUCCUCUGUCUCCAGAGAACCACCAGCGGCUCAGCCUGUUGCUGUAUAGCUAUAGUAGCAAGUCGCCUAACGUCCCCGAUUUCUGCGUCAAUCCUUGGAUCGUAACGAUGGAAAUGUACGGUCGAAACGACAUAUCGCUUGGCGCGUUCCUGGAGAAGUACUGCUUCAACAGUGACCACAAGUGCCCCUCGGCCACUUGCCACAUCCCCAUGAACCAGCACGUCAGGAAAUUCGUUCAUGAAGAUGUCUGUAUCACUAUAACGUGCAACACCAUCGGACACAGCAACGUGGACAAAGCCAAGGAGGAACAGAGUAAACAGGUGAUGUUCUGGUCGCGCUGCGAUGCGUGUGGCAGCGUGUCGCGUGGAGCACGACUGUCGCGCGCCGCGCUGUCGCUGUCGCUGGCGCAGUACGUGCGCACGCGCCUGUCCGCGCCGCGGUACGCGCGCCGCCAGUGCGCGCACGCGCUGCACCGGCACGCGCACGCCUUCGUGUCGCGCCUCACCACCGCCUGCUUCCGAUACAACAAAAUAACAACGUACGAGGUACAACUACCGCCGGAGGUGAUAUCCAUCAACUACGACACGCGACAGAUGCGUGACGCACUCAUCGCUCAACUGAACGACCUUAUGCUUAGAGGUCACGAGACAUUCAGUAACGCGACAGAGCCCGAGUGCGAGAAGGCGUACGCGGCGUUCAAGCAACACAUGGAGCAGAUACACCUCGCGCUCACCACGCACGACGAUGCCUCACUCGCUGAGCGGGUGCGCAAGCUGUGGGGCGUCCGAGACAGCGUGGUGGCGGGCGAGAAGAUGUUGCGGGACGCGCCCCGCCCGCGAGCUGGCGACGGUGUUGAGGAAAAGUCAGAUCAAGAAGAGACUACAGACUUCGCUACUAGCGAUGUUGCAGAAAAUCUUCUUAAAGAUUCUGAAAAGGAACAUACAGGCACAGAAGAAGAUGAAGAACGAGGCGACAAAAAGACGGUCAAACAAAUAUUAUCACAGCUGCUCUCAAAUAAUCAACCUUCAAACCAGGGCAUGAUCGUGGCGGGCGGGCUGGUGCCGGUGGCGGUGCGCGCGGGCGACGUGGGCUCCGUCAUCGCCGCGGCGCUCGCCUCGCCCACCUACCACAAGACUCUGCUGCAGCACCGCGCGCUCUACCUCACGUACGACACACACUUACAGAGUCAAAGCGAAAGCGAAGACGGUGAAAGUUCAAAUGUCAGCAAAGAAAAAACUGAAGCGGACAAGGCGAAAGCGAAAGCUAAUGAGCAUAUUGAAGUUUUGUUAAAGGACGGUUUGCUUUGUCGCGUGUACUACGCGUCUCAGUUCCACAAACUGAGGCACAUGCUACUGGGUGAAAUUGAAGAAGGUUUCAUAAGGUCGCUUGCUCACUGUGUGCCGUGGGCUACGAGGGGCGGGAAAUCUGGGUCUACAUUUUGCAAAACUAAAGAUGAUAGGUACGUAUUGAAGGAGAUGACGAAACCGGAAUGGCAGCAGUUUCUAGAGUUCGCACCACACUACUUCAACUAUGUCACAAAUUGUCACCAGAAAAAGUUGCCAAGUUUACUAGCGCGUAUCCUGGGCGUGUUCAGCGUGGGCGGUGCGGGCAGCGGCGUGCUGGUGACGGAGCACGUGUGGUACGGCUCGCCCGUCGCGCAGCGCUUCGACCUCAAGGGGGCCGCGCGCCCGCGCAUGCCCGCCGCGCACGCGCCCGCCACCGUGCUGCUGGACGACCACCUGCUGCGCAUGCGCUGGGAGCAGCAGUUGUUCGUGGGCGGUGCGGGUGCGCGCGCACUGUGGGCCGGCGUCGAGCGGGACACGCGCUUCCUGGCGGCGCACGGCGUCAUGGACUACUCGCUGCUGCUGGGCCUGCACGCGCACACGCUCGUGCUCGGCGUCAUCGACUACAUCCGCACGUUCACAUGGGACAAGAAGUUAGAACACCUGGUGAAGAAGAACCUCGGGCACGGCCAGCCCACUGUGGUGUCCCCGGAGCAGUACCGGCGCCGGUUCUGUACAGCUUGUCGGAAGUACUUCCUGCACUGCCCCGCACACUGGGAGCCCCUAUACGCGCCGGACAAUAUAUAGGACUUAGCAUUGUACCCUGCCGUUUAGGUGAACUAGCCAAUUGAAUCUUUGUAAAAAUUACUUCAUUUCCUAAGAUGAUCUUGAUAACGGAAAUAUCUUAGGCGAAGUUGUCAAGCUGUAACUUAAUCCUCUGAACUGCAGGGACCUUAAACAUCCCUGCUGAAAGUUCCAAAUAAAAAACGAUAAUUGUA